UCAUAAAUUACGGACGUCAAAUAAAACAAACCGCAUUCACCACAGGAAAUUAUAAUAAUACAGUUUGUAAAUAUAUUCAGCCUCACAGUAAUGUGAGAACAUCGAUUGAGCACACACUGGUUGCGGAGUAGGCGAGUGGUGAGUGCUGCAGACGAUGGCGACGCGGCUGGCGCAUGCGGUGGCCGCCAUCCUCACCAUGAUCCUGCUGUUCCUCAGACAGCGCUGUGCCGUGGAAGCCAGUGCCAGCCGUGACGUUAGCAAGCGCGGGUUGUGCGCGUGUCCGUGCGGCGCCUGGUCCCGCGCUGCGCUGGCGAUGUUCUCCGCGGAGUGCGUGGCGUGCGCGCGCGCCGCCGCCUGCUGCUACCAGCAGUGCUGGCUGCCCAAGUACAAGCGCGACCCGGAGAUAACGCUUGACAACGAGUAUCUCGGCCAGCAUCCGCGCGACCAGACCGAAUAACUCUCACACCCCGCUUCUAGUCAUUAUUUACCAUUCUUCAAACUUACUAUUAUACCUGUCGUCUUGUACUAAAAUGUUAAUAAAAAGCGCAAUA